GUUUGUGGAGGACACGUUUGGAAUGACGGAGAACAGCAGCGGUCCGGUGGCGCGGACGGUGCUGCAGCAGUGUCUGCAGGCCAGGCUGCAGGUGAGACCAGCUGAGGAGCACGCGGAGGCGCAGUUCGUCCAGAUCGACAGAGGGAUGGUGGUCUACGUCUGCUUCUUCAGAGGAGCCACAGACGACAUCUUGCCCAAAAUGGUGUCCACGUUGUUGAACAUGCGGCUGUGCGAGUCCAGCUCAGGGAAGAUGGUGUCGGUGUGCCAGCUUCCCGGCAGCCUGCUGAUCGUCCCCCAGGCCACGCUGGGCGGCAGGGCCAAAGGCAGAGCCAUGCAGUACCACAGCAACAUUGGCAAGGAGGACGGGCUGCGACUCUACCAGGCCUUCGUGUCUCUGUGUGAGCAGGAACUGAAGAGCGCUGCUGCUGCUGCAGGUGGAGCGGAGGUGACGGUGAAACAUGGGACGUAUGGAAACAGACAAGUGCUGAAGCUGGACACUAAUGGACCCUACACACACCUGAUGGAGUUCUGAUCUUUAUGUUGUCUAAAUGUCCUCCAGGUGCCUCACAAGGUUGGCCUUGGCUUGUAUUGUAAUGAAGGCAAUAACACAGCCCCCCAAAGCUGCUUUUCAUGGUACGUCUUCAUUUGUUCCUGGAAAUCCUGGAAACUUUCACCCGUUUUCAGUCUGUGGGAAAAAUAACGGAAUAAUAGUGACAUCUGAAUUUCUUUGUGAGAAGUGAAUAUUUACUGAAAAAAUUAAGUUAGUAGCAGGAAGAGAGAAUCUGAAACACAUGGGAGAAAAUUAAAAAAUGAGUGUUAUUGUGAUGUGUUGUUAUUACACAUAUAUGACAUAUUUAAUGUCACUACAAACCUUUAGCAGAGGUCCCAGCUGGAGCCCACUUAUUGACUAUUUAAUACCUAACCAGAGAAAUACUGGGUAGAUAAUUAUCUUUGUCUUUUUAAACAAAAAUCUUCGGCAUAUAUAUACGGGAUGUUACUGCAUGGGAUGUCAUGCAAAAGGCGUCCACCAGGGGGCAGAAGACAAGCGUCAAGGUUUUGAGUUGUUACCAUGAAACGAUGCAAAAGGUCUCAGAAGUAAAUUUAUUAAUGUGGUACGAUAGGUGUUAAGGGUUUAAUGAUUAGUUUAAAUGCUUUACUUGGAUUUGGGAAAAAUGUUCUUAAAAUCAGAAACUGAAAGUCUGUUUCCGUGUAAUUUUGCUCAGAUUAGAAAGUAGUUGAGAACCUUCA